AUGCGCUCGGGAGGCUCACGCGCUCUCGCGUGGCUGCCCCUAAUGGGCGCGCUGGCGCCGGUUGUCGCAACCGACGUCGUCUACGUCACGGAUCUUGACAUCUACACAUUGCUAGCACCAUGCGCCCAGUCGGCCCUCAGCUACAACGUCAUGACCAUGACCUACGAAAACUGCCCGGAGGCCGUCACGGCCCUGCAGUCCUGCGUCUGCUCCAAGGGCAACCUCUUUGCCACCGUGUCAGCGUCCAUCUCCAGCGACGUAAGCUACAGCUGCGGCUCCACCGCCAGCUCCGACCAGCAAUCGGCUUCGCUCGUGUUCAGCCACUAUUGCGACCAAGGCGGCACCGCAACCUUUGCGACGCCGGCCACACCCGUCAGCCAAUAUAUCACGGACAUCCCCGAAAUGUCUUACUUGGCACCCUGUGCCUCCAGCCAAAUCUCGUACGCCGUCAUGGAGAUGACAUAUUCGCUGUGCCCGCCCGACGCCGUCAACCUGGCGACAUGCGUGUGCCAAAAGAACCAGAACUCGCUGGUCGUCAGCCAGACGAUCAACACCAUGGUCGGUUACGACUGCUCGUCACACACAGCUGACAUCCAGUCGGCACAGGCCUUUUUCGCAGCAUAUUGCAACCUAAAUUCGGGCACCUCGUCGUUCCCCACGGCAUCAAACCCGCCGGGUGAUAUGUCAUACUAUAUUACCGAUAUACCGCAGUUCAAUUCGCUUGCAAGGUGCGCCAAGGACGGUCUGUCCUCGGCGGUGUUCACUAACACCUAUGACCUCUGCCCGACCGGCCCGCAGCUGCUGGCGUCGUGCGCAUGCCUCAAACCGAGCAUGUCCAGCAUGGUAUCGAGCUACAUCUCGUCCAACAUCCAGUACGAGUGUUCACAGGGUGGCAGCGAGGACAUUUCGUCGGCCCUGGCUAUCUUCAACAUGUACUGCAGUGCCGCCAACAACAAAUUGGUCGUGACCGGCAUCACGACCUCGGUGGCACAGUCUGCGCCUUUCGGCCUCGGCGGCAGCGGUGGUGGUGCCACUGGCACAGGCACAGGCACCGGCAACAAGGCCACGGCCACACACGGCACGACCAAGGCGACUGGCACUGGCGCGUCUGGUGGUUCUGGCGGAAGCGGAAGCAGCGGCGACUCUAGCGGCGACGGCAACGGCCAGCCCAACGGAACCGAACACAAGUCCAACGCAGGCGUCAUUGCCGGUGCCGUUGUCGGUGUCGUUGCUGGUCUGGGCCUGUUGGCUGCUGCUGCGUUCUUUGUCUGGCGCCAUGCACGUAACAACAGCAACCGCCCGACCGGCAGCAACGAGUUCCAGCAGCUCAACAACCUGGGCCACGGCACCAACAACCAGAGCAUCAGCACGAACCAUGGCGGCCCUGGCGGUCCUGGCGGUCCUGGCGAACUAGGUGGCACGGCCGUUGGCGACGGUGCGGCCAUGCUCUCUGCCGAGAACGCGUACGGCCCGUACGGUGCCAAACCGCCACUACCGUCGCCGAGCCCGAGCCUGAGCGUCAGCAAGUACAACAAUGCCACCGCCGCCUCUACCAUCAGCCCGCAGUCGCCGCCGCCGAACAGCACUUCGCCCGCGUCGGCACACGUCCAGGGAGCCGCCAACUACGGCUAUCCCAACGGCGUCCCCCCACACGCCAGCCCCCAAGCCGAGCUUCCUGGACAGCAAACAUACUCGCCCAAUGCCCCCAGCUACGCCGAGCUACAAGGUGGCCAGCAGUCGGCGGAACUGUAUGGCGGCCAAGUCUACAACGGACAGGCCUAUGGUGCGCCACCACAGGGACAGCCCAUCUACCAGGCAGACUCGACGCCGGUUGAGUCGCCGCACGGAGCAACGCCGUCCCCUGGCAGCAUGACAUAUCACUCGGGGCCAGUGCCAACAUCGUAUUCAGAACUGGACAGCGGUAGCAGUCCUCACGCGAGGUAG